AUGACUUCCUAUGUCAAGUGGCUCAUAUUGGUAGCUGCCUCUGAGGUGAAAUACAUCUCACAUUCUGUAAAACACGAAGUGACUUUUCUGUUUGCAAGUGAGCAAUAUGACAAAAGGCUGUCACUGCAUAGCUACCAUUCAAGUCUAACCUGCUUCAGUGAAGGAACAGGACUCAGCGAAAGGAUCUGGGGUUGUUGUCCAACUACGUGGAAGUCUUUUGGUUCCAGCUGCUACUUCAUUUCUACUGGAAAGGAUGUUUGGGAUAACAGUGAGCAGACAUGUGUUGAAAUGGGAGCACAUUUGGUGAUGAUCAAUAUGGAAGGAGAGCAGAAUUUCAUUGUCCUGCAGCUGAAUAAGUCCUUUUCCUAUUUUCUGGGGCUCUCUGAUCCACAAGGUAAAAACAAUUGGCAAUGGAUCAAUCAAACACCUUUGAAGGAAAAUGUCAGAUUCUGGCACUUAAAGGAGCCAAAUCAUUCUUCACAACAGUGUGGUUCAAUAGUUUUCUGGAAGCAGUGGGGCUGGAAUGAUGUUGUCUGUGAUAAAAAUACAAAUUCAAUAUGUGAGAUGAAGAAGAUUUACCUAUGA